AUGCCUCGCCAACAAAUCAAUUUAGAACCCUACCGGGAAGAGAUCAUUGCUCUCUUCCACCACGGAAUCAGUAGCGACUCCAUUAGCCGCGCCCUCGAAAAUUGUCAUAAUAUCCAGGUCAAGGAGCGAACCAUCCAGUCCCGCCUUCGCAAGUGGGGCGUCCGCAAGCGACACCGAACGACGACAGGCGACGAAGCUUUGCAUGCGCGCAUCAAGAUGCUUUUCAUGCAGGAUAGGCUGACUGAUAAGGCUAUGCUCAACAUGUUGCAGCAAGAAGGUUACGGUAUCUCUGAACGCACAUUGCGCCGUCUGCGGUGUAAGUUAGGACUCCAUGCCAGGGGUUCGGAGCCGGAGCACCAGGAGCAGAUGCAGAUGCAGAAGCAAAUGAUUGUUCCACACACUCGCGCAGAUGGACAACUGGUGUGA